GCCUGCUGACUCGUAUUAAAGGCCUGCUGAUUCAUAUUAAAGGCCUGCUGACUCAUAUUAAAGGCCUGCUGACUCGUAUUAAAGGCCUUCUGACUCAUAUUAAAGACCUGCUGACUCAUAUUAAAGACUUGCUGACUCAGAUUAAAGGCCUGCUGACUCUGACUCAUAUUAAAGACCUGCUGACUCUGACUCAUAUUAAAGGCCUGCUGACUCAUAUUAAAGGCCUGCUGACUCAUAUUAAAGGCCUGCUGACUCAUAUUAAAGGCCUGCUGACUCAUAUUAAAGGCCUGCUGACUCAUAUUAAAGGCCUGCUGACUCUGACUCAUAUUAAAGACCUGCUGACUCAUAUUAAAGACUUGCUGACUCAGAUUAAAGGCCUGCUGACUCUGACUCAUAUUAAAGACCUGCUGACUCAUAUUAAAGACUUGCUGACUCAGAUUAAAGGCCUGCUGACUCUGACUCAUAUUAAAGGCCUGCUGACUCUGACUCAUAUUAAAGACCUGCUGACUCUGACUCAUAUUAAAGGCCUGCUAACUCAUAUUAAAGGCCUGCUAACUCAUAUUAAAGGCCUGCUGACUCAUAUUAAAGACUUGCUGACUCAUAUUAAAGGCCUGCUGACUCAUAUUAAAGACUUGCUGACUCAGAUUAAAGGCCUGCUGACUCAGACUCAUAUUAAAGGCCUGCUGACUCAUAUUAAAGGCCUGCUGACUC